AUGAGUGACGAAGAAUUUCAAGGGAGUAAUGAUGCAGUAGACCUUACAAAUCAUCCUUCAGGGCUAGUUCCCACUCUUCAAAACAUUGUCUCAACGGUUAACUUGGACUGCAAGCUAGACCUAAAAGAGAUUGCUUUGAAGGCAAGGAACGCUGAAUACAACCCUAAACGUUUCGCUGCUGUGAUCAUGAGGAUAAGGGAACCAAAGACCACGGCGUUAAUCUUCGCCUCGGGGAGAAUGGUCUGUACCGGAGCCAAGACAGAGGGUUUCUCCAAGCUGGCUGCGAGGAAGUAUGCUCGUAUAGUUCAGAAGCUUGGAUUCGACGCAAGGUUCAAAGAUUUCAAGAUCCAGAACAUUGUAGCUUCUUGUGAUUUGAAGUUCCCUAUAAGGCUUGAACUUCUUGCCGUCUCUGUUCACUCCGUUUUCUUGAGUUACGAGCCGGAGAUGUUUCCAGGACUCAUUUAUAGGAUGAGAGAACCGAAGAUUGUGCUAUUAAUCUUUGUGUCUGGGAAGAUUGUUAUCACUGGAGCUAAGAAGAGAGAGGAGACCUACAAAGCCUUUGAGAAUAUAUACCCAGUCCUCACACAAUUCAAGAAGAUAUGCAUCCAUAACUAG